AUGGUGUGUAGAGGCAGGAUCGAAUCUGAGCCAUUAGCAUUGGCGAUAGCAGAAGAAUGGGCUUCACAAGAACAAAACCUGCACAUGGCGCAUAUGAGACUGACGGGAUUGGCCUUUACAGCGCAAGAUAAUCCACUACAUCUGACGAGGCUUCCAAAUUUUCAUAUCUUGCUGAACUUAAGCAAAAUCGGCCACUAUGAAGAGGCUGUAGAACUAUGUAUUGACAAAUUGGGAAAGUGCAAGGAAAACCAGCAUAACAAACUUUGA